AAGUAAAACGACUGGUAACAUCCCCACCCAAUUUUCAUUAUUGUGACAUCCUAAUGCGGUUUUCAAUGAGCGACGCUACCGUUCGACCAAUCCGUUUGACGCCAAGUGGUAGAUAGUGGUUGGUACCCGUUGACGUCCGACGAUGGAGGAUCUUGUCCUUGAAAACCCUAUCAGUUGUGAUAGUUUCGGGUGUUCCGGAUCGUGAAACCUACCUUUUGAAGAAUUUGUCAGCUAUUGUGAUGGUUGAAGUGUCUUGUAUCGGAAUUGCUUCCGACCAACGUGAGAAGUGAUCAAUAAUGUUUAGACAAUAGCGAUAUUCUUAUGCUCAGGGUAGUGUACCGACGAAGUCUAUGUGUACAUGUCAAAAUCUUCCUUCUGGAACCCAUUUCGAAUUAGAUUCUUUAACUCCUCAUCUAGAAGGAAUCAGCAACGAUGUUGUCUUUUCCUUUUAUAAAAGUGAUUUAUAUUGUAAAUAUUUCGACGAAGUGAAAUCCAGCUUUAGAAUAUUAUGCCAGCUCCACUUUAAGAUGCAUGGGCGUUUGUGCUGAUCAUUUUUUACCCGAAAUGUUCAAACCAAAUCUUACAGAAAAUACGAAUAAAAAAAAAAAGUUGAAGAAGAAUGCCAUAUCCGAACCACCAAAAAAUUUAUUAAUAAAUGAAGAAAAAGAAGAUGUACAAGCAAGUCAGCUCGUAAUCAAACAGCAGCUGAUGAGAGAAGAAGGGGAAGAGGAAAAAGAACGACAUCAACAUCACCACUACCACUAUCAACAACAGCAAGAGGCAGAAGAAAGAGAGGUAGAAAAAGAAGGAGAAAAUGAAUUAUUUAUUAAUAAACCAACACUGAACUAUACAAAGGUGCCGUUAAAAUUCUCUGACAAGGAGAAUUCAAUGGAAUGCUUAGCAGUUGAACCACAGACUAACUGCGACGUACAACUUGAGAAUUGGACAAGGAAAACUUUCCGAGAAAUGAAAUUGAAAAAAGAAUGUGCUCAGCUGUUGAAAAAAAAUGAAGAUUUGAGAGUACAAAUAAAAUAUGUCAAACGAAACUUAGAAAAAGUCAAGAGAUCCAGAGAUCGAUUCCGUGAAAUGUUACGUACAGUAGAAACUAGUGAUGAAUUUUUCGACAGACAUGGAUGCGAAAAUGACGCCGCAAGAGCACUUGUUAAGUCGCAGCUGAAAAGUGAAAGCAUAAAAUAUACAACCGAAAAACGAGAUGAGUGCGAGGAGAGCAAUUAG